UUUUAGUUUGAUAGAAAUCGUAAAGAAAUAAACAUCAAUUAGAAAAGCAUAAAGAAACACAAUAAAAAGUACACAGUUGAGCGGCUGUCGCAUUUGGAUUUUCUGCUCUCCGGUGGCUUGUCGAUUGUUGCGUUUUGCUCCUCAGAAGACGAAACCGACUAAGGGAAAGGAUAGACAAUCAUAACAAAUCGUAAAAUUUUAUAGUUAUUGUAAUUUACGAGGUGUUUACGAUGCCGGGGUUUUAACGCCUAAUCGCAACCAGCAGGCAGACACCGACCAGUGCCGGAAAAAGGUUAAUUGUUUGCCGUUCGGACACGUGGAACCAGAACCGGUAAUGAGCGGCAAACAAGUGCUUAUCUUAUCGUAAAACUACCAACCGUGUGAAAAUCCCGUCCGCAUUAACAUUCGCGCACUGAUUCGCGACCAAGUGCAAGCAAGCAAAAAGCAAGUGAUUUCUAAAUGCAACGGUGAGUGUUACUGCUGUGUUCCUGAAAGAAGCCAAAAUUUAUCUAAGUAGCAAAAUAUUCGCAGCGAAAUAUUUUCGGGGGGAAAAUUGUGCAAUGGUUUGUUUAUUUUGAAGGCUAGCAUAGAGAAAAAAACUGCUGGUUCUUGUUUAUUUUGUGUUCUUAAGUUUUUAAAUCUGCGAAAAGAAAAAAAAAUCUACUGCGAAUAGUGUGUACAGUGAGAAAGUGGGCAAAAGGUGUACUUAAAUCGAAAAAAUAUACACUGUUUUAAGCGUAGAAAUCCUAAACCCAAAUAGUUCAAACAGAAAAACUUGAUUCUUGAGUAGUUCAUUAUUAGUAGAUGUUAGAGUGAAAUUAGCCGUACUAAAACUUCUGCGUGACUAUAGUUGGAACUCAACCUAGGGAUUACCCUGAAACGGAUUACUCUCAAAUUUGGAUAGCUGCUGCUGUUGGUACUGACGAGAAAAAUCAAGAAGGAAAAGCUGUUGCCCGUUGAGCCAUUAUUAACGUAAUAGCAACCGAUAGGCAUCGAUGAGUGGCCAUCUUACCUGAAAGCAGCUUCUCAGCAGUUUCGUUCCAGAUCCGUUUUUCCGUUUCAAUUUUUUCGGAUACCCAUAUACAUUUAUUGAAAAUUGUUUACUGCAGCAGAGACGAGACCUCCGGAUAUCGGCUCUCGGCCACCAAGCGACCAAAAAACCAACAAUCGAAACUCGGAUACGAUAAGCGUGUGUAUGGAUAUGCUUGAAGUGCGUGUACGUGGGCAAGUUUUGAAUUCGUUUCCCAGUGUUGCUUCCUGCAAGAUUGAUUGUGAUUUGCGUUAGUUUUUAGAGAGAGCAAAAAAAAUAACCCUAGAGCGAGUAUUGUUCAUCGUGUUUCUCACCCAGUUGUAUAAAACAAAAAAAAUCAUCUUCACCUAAAAUCACGCAUGCCAGGCAUAAAUUCGUCAAGAAAAGUCAAUACACAAUAAAGAAGCUUUUGUGAUAGUUUUAUAUAUAUAUGAAAUAAGUCUAUUUUAAGAAAAUAGUAAAAGUAUUAAGUGCAAGUGUGUGCGAGUGUUUACGAUUCCAGUUUACGACUACCACCUUUUCGUGAGCCGAUCUAGAUCUCGAUCGAUCAUCAUUCGAGGCCCAGAUGAGACAGAUGGGUGAUCACUAAACUCCUCCACGAUCGGGAGCUGCGUGUUUUGGAUUACAGUUGAAAACGUCCUUCUUCGCUUUCGGAAGCUUUGCCGAAGAAUUAAAACAAACAGCAAGCUUCAAAACUAAACCAAACUUUGCAUAAUGACGAUGAGUACAAAUAACUGUGAAAGUAUGACUUCAUACUUUACAAAUUCCUAUAUGAAUUCAGACAUGCACGGUCACUAUCCUGGAACUAGUGUAGACGGAUUAGAUACUAGUCAGCAAAUGUAUCAUCACAGUCAGAGUCAUGCGGGCCAGGGAAAUAUGCCACCGUAUCCGCGCUUUCCGCCGUACGACCGAAUGGGAUACUACCAGCAGAACAUGGAUCCUGCCGGUUAUGCGCGAGCUGAUAGUCCUUCGAGUCAGGUGGGUGGAGUGAUACCUCAGCAAACGAAUGGCAAUCCGUUACAGCAAACGCAAGUACAAGCUCAACAGCAGCAACCGAUAGUUUACGCCAGCUGUAAGUUGCAGGCCGCAGUCGGAAAUGGUCCGAACGGGCUCGGAACGUACGGUGCUGAAAAUGGGUCCCCUCCGCUAGAACAGUUGGGUCAUCAUAUGAACACUGCGCAAAUGACAAUACCUCAGCAUCACAUGGCGCACGCACAGGGUCAGGAUUGCUUCUCUCCCGAUCAGGUGCACCAGAACCCGCAGCAUAUGGGAAUGUACACAAACGCUGGCGGUGGUCCACCCGGAGUUGUGCCGCAGCAACCACCGAAUAUGAUGCACCAGCAACCUCCACAGUUACACCAAGGACAGCAACCACCGCCAAAUAGUCAAAAUUCUAACUCUGGCCUACAGUCGCCACUCUACCCGUGGAUGAGGAGUCAGUUUGAGCGAAAACGUGGCCGCCAAACCUACACACGGUAUCAGACGCUGGAGCUUGAGAAAGAAUUCCACUUCAAUCGCUAUCUUACCCGGCGACGGAGAAUCGAGAUCGCCCAUGCGCUCUGCCUGACGGAACGUCAGAUCAAGAUCUGGUUCCAGAAUCGGCGGAUGAAGUGGAAAAAGGAAAACAAGACAAAGGGCGAACCAGGAUCCGGAGACGAGAAUGACAUGACACCGCCGCAAUCCCCGGCGUAAACAACUGUGUGUUCAUCUCUCUAGCCUAAGCAUGUAAAGUACUAGCAAUUUCUGUCAAAGUUUCCUCCAUUUAAUUUUCUUCGGAAUUUGUACUAUGAGCGACGCCCUUGCUUUAUCAGUUUUAGUUUCGUUUUUUACCAUCAAAUCAUGUUCAGAGUCGAAAAAAUUCAGAUGUUUUUUUGCGUUGUUUAUCAAUCUGCCUCGAAGCGAUACUUGAAACUUUGUAUUUCUAGAAGCAUGUCUAUUGUACACAAGUGAAAAAAAACACACACACAUUUACUAAUUUAUUAUACAAAAAAAUAAUACGGAGAAAAAAAGAUGCAAAACAACUCAUGUGACCUCAAAACUAAUGUUAAUUUAGAAUUACAAGAUCUAAACAUUCAUCAAACGGAUUGCAGGAUAAAUGGAAACAGAAAAAUUAGGAAACAUGUGAAAAUAAUUGUGCAAUGCGAAAGCAACAAAACAAAAUCCUUUUAUCAGUUUUAGAUAAAAGGGUUAAUAUUUGUGGAAGUAAAGAAAAAAAAAACUACUAGAAUAUUCUAAUACUAUACGUACAAAAGUGCUUGAACGUUUAAGAAGAAAAAAAAGUUGCUAAAAAGAACCCUACAUGGAUGAGGAAAAACUCGAAUCAAAAAAUUAUAUCAAGUGCUUGGCAAACCCACAAAAUUAAACUCCCCAGAGUUCAGUAUUCCGUUCGACUCCUUUUUCGUUUAGCUUGCAAAUACACACACACACACUCGACGACCGACGUCUGUUUCCGAUGUCCCUGCGCGGGAUGAUUUCAACCUCACUCAGCACAAAACGAUAGGUGAAAGAUAAUAUCCAAACCAACUAUACCAAAGGCAAUAGAAUAAUGAUAAUCACUUUCAUUUUGCAUUCAAUUUUUUAUUUAAAUCUCGCAGUAUAGUAAAGUGGAGAAAGAUAUAAUUUAUUUGAUUUUUACCGUUGUUACUCAUUCAUACGUGCCCAUAAAACUCAAACUUGAGAAGUAGUGCUCUCAUAUGUAUUAUAAUAGGCUCUAUAUUACCGCAAUAUAGUCAUGAGAUCCCAGUGAUGGAAGUUCAAUUUCCACCUUGUGUUAGGAUUGUCUUCAACUAAGCUUUGUUCUCCCAAAAACCAGGCACAACUAAGAAGAAAAAACGGUAACGUGGAGGUCAGCAAACUUCCAAAAUACGAAAGGUGGUAUACGACUCUAGUAGAAAAUCGGAAACGUAAACAAUUUAGAAUAUAUUUUACAAGAAAGAAAAACAACAACAGCAAAAAAUUACUAUGGCAUCCAACUGUAAACUAUCCGCGAUAGUUCAUUAUGGAUAGCGAACGAAAAAAACUUACUACAGCAAACCCAAGUUCAGACCAUAGUGGUGUAAAAAAAAAUUAAUCAUUGAAAAGGUAGGAUACGAAUGUGAAUUAUUGUGAUUAUUCUGAUGCACCAACCACUAUUUUGGGGAAUUGGUUGAGAAAACAAACACUCACAACACACUCAACACACACACAUAUAUACGCAGAAAUCGAAAUACGUAAGCAAGGUGAAAUGUGUAUUUAUAAUUUAUACAAAACCUAAAUCAUGAAGAAAAAAAAAGUAAACUAUGCGUAAAACUCAUGACAUUAGCCUCUAAGGAUUGUGUAAUAAAUACAAAACAAACAGAAGAAAGAAAGAUGCAAGUCCCAAAAAUUUUAAAAGUACGUAAAGUAUCGACACGCGAUUGCUGAUGAUGACAACAACAAUGUACGUAAAAAAAAACUAUAUAUAUAUAAUCAUAAUUGGUACGGGAUAACGCUACAGAAAUAAGACAUAAAUAUAAAAAAACCUAUCUCGUUAAAAGAACAGAAAACUAUGUUAUGCAUAAAUGAGAUCCUAAGAUACUUUGAACUAUGAGGUAAUGAAAUGUAACAAAAUUUGUAAAUACCUGACCCACACAAAAUGGACAAGUAAUAAACAGAAAGAUAAAAUUAUAUAAA